UUUAUAAAUAGGCAUGCACUCUAAUUCAAAUCCUGAUAACUUGAAUAGCUUCAAAUCAGACCAUGAACGAAUCCUGUUCUUCCAAAAGGUUAAACGGCAAAGUCGCCAUAAUCACCGGCGGCGCCAGUGGAUUCGGCAAGAGCACCGCCAGAUUGUUCGUUCGGCACGGCGCCAGUGUAGUCAUUGCCGACAUCCAGGACGAUCUCGGCCGUUCACUUUGUGAAGAACUCGGAUCGGAGAAAACUGUUUCAUAUGUACAUUGCGACGUGACGAGCGAUUCUGACGUGAAGAAUGUCGUCAAUUUUGCCGUUGAGAGGUACGGGAAACUGGAUAUAAUGUACAACAAUGCCGGAAUCACCGGGGAUAUGGAUCGGACGAUUCUAGGAACAAAGGGGGAGAAUUUCAAGAAGGUUUUCGAAGUGAAUGUGUACGGAGGCUUUUUAGGGGCGAAACAUGCGGCUAGGGUUAUGAUUCCAAAUAGGAGCGGCGUGAUUCUGUUCACGUCUAGUGUUGCUUCGGUGAUUUGCGGACAAUCACCGCAUGCUUAUGCAAUGUCGAAGCAUGCGGUGGUGGGAUUGAUGAGAAAUCUGUGUGUAGAAUUGGGGGAAUUUGGGAUUAGGGUUAAUUCGGUGUCUCCAGGGGCUAUUGCAACGCCAAUGCUAAGAAAAGCGUUGGGACUCACGACGGAGGCGUUGGAGGAGGUGGUCCGGUCGUCGGCAAUUUUGAAAGGAGUGGUACCGACGACAGAGGAUGUGGCGGAGGCAGCGCUUUACUUGUGUAGUGAUGAAUCUAGGGUUAUAAGUGGGCAUAAUCUUGUCAUUGAUGGUGGCUACAGUAACAGUAAUCGCUCUUUCCUUACUGCUGUUAUCAAAAAAUUGUCUUCUGUUGUGGAGGGGUAGAAAUUAGGGGGAAAUUGUCAGAAACAACCCUUUGAAGUUUUACUUUCACAAUUAGCACAUUUUAAGAAAACUUGUUGAAAUAAUUUUUCUCUUUUCCAGUAAAAAUCAACCAUCGAGAUUUGAAUAAAAAUUUAACUACAUCAUAAAGGUGCUAGUCGUGAAAGAAUAUUUAAAAGUUAUUUUUGACAA